AUGACGUCAUCAGUGCCAAGUGACGAGUUAGGUGAGAAAAUCAAACGACCAAUGAACGCCUUCAUAUUGUGGUCACGUGAGCGACGUCGUGAACUGGCCAAUGAAGAUCCAAAUAUGCAUAAUUUUGAAAUCAGCAAACGACUCGGUAUCGAGUGGAAUCGCCUGGAUGCGAAAGAGAAGAAACAUUUUUACGAUGAAGCUCAGAAACUCAAGGAAGAACAUCGGAAAAAUUAUCCCGACUAUAAAUACCAUCCGAGACGAAAACCCCGGCGGAGAUUUAGCCCCAUCAACCCCUCCCCCCAAUACAGAAUGGCAUACUACCUCCCCCCUGAAUGCGUAGAGAAAGGAUACCCCUACCAGCCGGGUUAUCCAGCAUAUCCCAGACAUCACUGGUUUACCAAUACCAUGCUACCCAGCAUUCCUACCCCGGAUACGCCAUUUCUGCAUGACAUGAGAUAUUACACACAACCCCAUCUGGUCAUGAAUGGAGGUGUACCCGCAGCGUAUUAUGGUAUACAUGAUAUCCCUUCAUCCCUCCCACAGCAACGAGAGGCGACAAUUGAAAGUAAAGAAUGUCCAAUGGAGAUGUUAUCUCGUUUCACGCCUAGUGGUUUAAUAAAACGUGAAGAAUUAUUACGCCGUGCUGCGGAGAGUAGUUUGGAAUUUAAAACUGGCAAAACUUCUGAGGAGGAAACGAGCAAACAUUCGGGAUAUCAUCGUCACAUGUCGUCAGCACACGUAUGUCUCGGUUGUCAGGGGGGUGUAUCUACGUUUUAUCAAGGAAUCCGUUCAUCCACCGUUGCGAGUUCUUAAUUAAACUGAAGCAACCAUCAGUGAAUUAGAAUUGAAAAGUUCUAAGAUUUUUAAGAACUAAAGAUUCUCAAACAAACUAUAAACACUGUUGCAAUUUAUUCAAAUCUCAGUAGAGCUAUUUAGCAAAAUUACGAAAUAUUCAAUAAUAAAAAUAAAUAUAAUCGUUACAUAUUAUUUUGGUCAAUGUUGUGUGAUAUAUACUAGGGUCAGAUUUUGGUUUGAACUAUACUACAUUAAGAACCUUUGUUUUUCAGCAAAGAUCAUUUGUUAGAAAGUAGCCACGUUCUCCCCAACAAAGACCUUUGCUUGAAACUUGAAGGCGUCUUUAAUAUUUCUUCGGUUAGAUAUAAACAUUUAACUUUCUUAUUAUAUAGCCAUUUAACUACACUGAAUCUCCACAUUUGAGAUAUCUUUUUCAGGUAGUUCAGACUAUCGAACCUUGCUUAGUGUGACCGUUCAACCACGAAAGCUUAGUGUGAAAUACUACCUUCACUAGACAACCACGUUUCGGAGAUACCGUUAGAAAUUUCUAUUAGGAAAUUUGAGCUUGCGUGACAGGGCUGACAGGGUGUGACGAAAACUUUAAUCAUUGUCUUAAUCUGCCAUCUAUUAACUCUUAUCCGUUGGCAAUUACAGCAGUUUAAUGUGAAGUGCUUUCUUAAGGACUCGACUAUACGUGAUGUCUUAUGGCUCACUAAACAUUCUGGAACGUUACUGUCAUGUCAUUACACUGAACAUCUCACAUUAAAUAUCUUGGAUUUUUCAAACAAUCAUCAGUUUUGAAGCUUGACGGUAGCUUAUUCAGUCUGAAUAUACAGGUAUUAAUCUAAUUAUUAUUGUUAAGAGAUGAAACACAUCCGUGAAUACCAAACGUCUGUUACGUGGACUCGUUGGUUCGAGAAUAUCUCUAGAUAUUGAAAUAUCAUUGUUCAAUGUAUUUUAUAUUGUUUAUCAAGUUUCGUCCAUGCACCGCUAAAUAUCUCCCUUGAAGCUUCAAAAACACAAUCAAAUUGUCGUAUAAUAACAUGUUGUUUUUCUCUCAACAUUUCAAAAACUUCCGUAUUAUAUAGCCAUCUAAACGAAGGGAAAGGUCAUGGAAAUUUUCUGCAUUUUUCAGAUAGUAGUUUAAAGCAAGCUGUGAGUAUCGCCACCUCCAUUGCUUACCCAACGCUGAUACACAUGAUGAUGAGUUUAUCACCGUGUUUUUACUGUAAAAAAUUAGGUAAGCCGCUUGUAAGAAGUGCAGGUCUCGAAUUUAAAAGCGGCGGCCUUAAACCAUCGAUACCCUGGCUUGUUGGCCGCCAUGCUCUCAUAUAAUAUACUCCAUGAAAUUCACAGAUAUUGCCUUUCUUAUAAUCCCACAAUAUUCCAAUAAUUAAAAUUUCCAAUUUCAUGAUUAUUUGACUCAAAAUAGAAUGCUAUAUUAAUGUUCAUAAAAUAUAAUCAGAAAACACAUCUGAGGAUAAUUUGCAUGUUUUAAUUUACGCCACGAAAUGAACAGUUUCCAUUCGUUCAAAUAGUGCAUAUAAUUAGAAAGCCAGCCGGCGUCUGUUCAUCGGGCAGGUGUAUAUAUAUACAGUUCAAAAGCUUUCUGUUUGUAUGUAUUUGGACAAAGACUAAAGAAUCUUUUUUAUUUUGACAAACAAUCAGUGGUAAGUAGUUGUUACAAUCACUUCAAAUUAUAAAUGUAAACAUUAUCAUUUGCUGGUGUCUGCGUUUGAUGCAAUUACCUCAGAAACUGAAAAGCGAUGUUUCGGAACCGUCGUUUUCAGUCACGACGUAUAGAGAGAGGUAAACAUUUAUAAAGAAGAGUUACAUUCACUCCGCUAAAACAUAUUUCCUUAGCCUCUAUAAUCAUGAUACUUCGGUUAUUUUGCAAUUUGCAGCUUAUUUUCUGUAAGUUAUAUAUGCCGUUCUACGUGCGACUGUAUCAAUAUGAACUAUAGCAAUCUAUUAAGGUAAUCUUCAUCGAAACGGCGCGGUCUCUGUAAUUCUACCACGUCCUUUGCGUGCUUCGGAAUACAUGACCACCAAGAGCGAGGGGACAAGCAAGGGGACAUUUUCCCCCGGGUCUCCAGCCCAAAAGGGGCCCCCAAAGCAACGAAGGCCCUUGAUCUACAAGAUCGCUUGACUGAGAAUAUAAAUCUUAGUUGCGUUAGUGCCGAAUAGUGUCCUGUAAAACACCGCUUCUCCCAUUUUACAAUUAUGACGCCAUAGUGGCCUUCUGGGAACGUUUUGCCCCAGGCUCCGCGCAACUUCUCUGACACUGAACAGGGUGAAAAAAAAUUGAAUACGUGGUGAAUAUACACGCGAAAAUCCAGUGAAUGAAAUUUAGUGCUGUUCCCAGCCAUGUACAAAUCAUUCUCUCUUACAGUACUUAAACUAAUUUUACUGCAAUUUUAAACGACAAUUUACCCUGCAGAGGUAAUCUUGUGUUGGUGAGACAUGCCGGAAUGCAGAGGCCAUCUUGUGUUGGUGAGACAUGCCAGAUUUACAAAAAUUCAAACUAUGGCGUGUUAAAAAGAAAAAAAUAAUCAAAAUGUGAUAUACGUUGACCUUUUAACUUAAAUCAUUUACGGCAGAAAUUUCGAGUCUUCCUUUCACUAAUUUAUAUCUCAUUAAGUGUUGACAGCGGGAAUAUAGAAAUAUGGGAUCAAAGAAUUUCAUAAGUCCUGUCAGCCCUCGUUAAUCCAGAGUUCACGAGAGCUGCAUGGUGGCAGACAGCAAACUGGAGGGGAGAGCUAGUUGCAAUCCUAUCAAAACUCUCCUCGUUUCAUGGGACUACAUAAGUUACCAAUAUUUCACCGUCUUACGCCCGUAUUUUAAAAGCUCACUCACACUCAAUGAGUGGAAGUUCAACCUGAGCUUCUCUCGAGUGUCAGUGAUGUUUUUGAAUGGCUGGAGGGUUAGUGUGGUACCUUACUAUGUGACUACUCACCCUCCAGCUAUUCAAAAACUGCAUUGACACUCAAGAAAAGCUCAAAUUGAACCUCCACUCAUUGAGUGUGAGUGAGCUUUUGGAAUAUGGGCGUUAGUCUCAAUGUAGUCUGUAGAAACAUUAAUACCAAGAACUCGACUACUUUUCUAUCGCGAGAACAUCAGUCAUUGUCAGAUUUCUGUGUGUGUUGGCGUUAUGUACUCAAGUGAAUAUGAUGUUUGUGAUGUUACUCUGUGAGCGCGCAUCCACACUGGGCAAGCUGAAAAGUUUGCCUGAAGAAGUACCUUCUUAAUAAUUCAACCUUGUCUGUGAACAAUAGACUUUAAUUAAAGCAGGUAAUUAAGUUUUAACAGUGUCUACAGCCCAAGGUGAAAUUAUCGCACAAUAGUGUCCAAUAGAUUAACCCACACCAUGACAAUAGAACAGCACAAAGGUCUACACAUUCCAGGCAUACUUUAAGUUUAAUAUCUUAGACGAUGGUGGCCUAGUAUUCAAUGGUUUUGUCACUUUUGUGUCCCGAGUAGAAAGAGUAAAAAAUAUCAAACUUCUCUUCUUGCGAGGAAAACAGCUUUACAUUCUAUUAAAACGUUCUGAGAAAGUUAGAAUGUCAUGAAGGUCAGCUGCAGGGCAUGGCCACCAGGACGAAUUAAGAAUUUAAGAGCUAUAAUUUAAAGCGCAGAUUGUAGUUAAGAUUGUACGACUCUCACGUUACAAACAAUCACUAAUUAAAUGUUCUUUUAUUUCGAGCAGACAGUCGGUAUAUGAUAACAAUAUCUCGUCGUAGAUAACGAUAUUUUAAGUAACAUUUUAUGGACAAUGUUUCCAAACAUGACUCUCUAAAGCGUGUGAUGCGUCAGUGUUUUUCACAAAAAUUGACCAGAUCGCGCAUUGCAAUGCUAUUUUAAGGGAAUAUAUACUAAAACUGUCUGUACCAGUGUAGGCAGUACCAAUGUGAAAAUGCUGUGCUGAGUGGUUAUAUUACUACCUUAAAAAACAAGCAGAAACUCGACGUUUCGAGCGAAGGCCCUUCGUCAAGAGUUAGUGCCGAAUGGCCUUCGCUCGAAACGUCGAGUUUCUGCUUGUUUUUUAAGGUAGUAAUAUAACCACUCAGCACAGCUAUUUUAAGGGAACCUGGGUUUGAUAACCUUUGUUCCUCUCGAGAUAAUUUACUUUCCCACGCUUGUUAAUUUGCGUCAUUCGCGCAAGGGUUUCAUGAAAGCCGAUUUUCUGUAAGCUAGGAAAACUUGCAUGAUUGAUGGUUACUAAGCUUUUCUGGGCUUUGUGUAUCAACACCAUGUUUGACACGUUUUUUUACAAGCUUAAACAAACUCUAGUGUGUUAACAAUGUCAUUGUUCCAUGGGAUAUUUGUCAUCUGCUCGCAAGUGAAAAAAUGCCGAUCUACAAAUCGACCCAUGAAGACUUGAGGUUAAUUUUGUUUACGCAGUUUAUUAGCCAACUGUUUUAUAUCAUCAAAUGACAUGUUUUCAUACAAGUACUUUGUGCUUCGUGUAAGUAACACAUGGCAAGUCUUGUAACAAUAGUUGAGACACACUUGUCAAACUAUAGUCAAACUUGCUCAACUGUCAUUACUUUAAACUGCACUGUUAACGUCGCGAGGUCAAAUCAUAUUGUGGCGUGUAGCAAAUUCGGGAAGUAUCUGUUGAUGCGGUAUAUUUCCUCACAUAGUGUGACUUAUGUUAACUACCCAGCAGGAUGACUGCUUUGCGGUCAAUAUGAAAAUAUUACGUAUCAUGUGAUCACAUUACAGUGCAAAUUGUUGUCAUGAAUACUGGUUAAUAUCAGCCAUUAUCUUGCUCAUUAUUUCGCGCAUUAUUUCAGGAGAAUUUUCACGAUGACUACGCCGAACUUUUGAUAUCUGCUGGGCAUAAAGUAUUUCGAAACAUGGGCAUAUCAACAAGCAAUAUCGUGUGUUUUGUCGUGGCAAUUGGCUUCCUCGCGUUUCACACGUUUUUAUUUGUCAAUCUCAGUGAUCAACAACAAGCAUCAUUAAGACGUAUCGAUGAUCUAGAAAGACUGUUAAAAAAUGCAACCACAAAGAAAUCCAUUGCGAAAACAAUCACGUCAAAUUGUCUUGAGGAACUUCAAAUGAGAUUAGACUCUGAACUCACAAAUGCUGAUGGCAAUGUGAAAAUGCUGCGGGUAUUAAGAAAGGUACAACGUUUAGAGAAAAGGUAAUAUUGAGUAAUUUGUACUUUCCUUCAUAAUCUUACGCAAAUUAUUCAUGUUGUACGUAUUUUAAACGGAUGACUUUAGCGCGCGCUUUUGUUUGCGCAAUUUAUGUUAAACAUCCGACGCGUGUUUCCUCGAAAGCAAUAUACAAGCAAUUAAAUCAAGUGCGUCCAGUUAGAUGAAACACGCAGUUAUUGGAUUUCGAUGCUAGGAAAUUUGUACUCAUCGUUUAGCGUAAAACGCGUUUGAGCUGAGAACUUUCAACAAUGUAUUUCACGUGUAUGUAUUAUUGAAAGGUGUUUAACAUGUUUGUUUUGCAAAAGGUUCAUUUAACUAUUGUAGUUUCAAAAUAUGUAAGGCACGAUGAAAUUCACAAUGGUCUAUAAUUAGAAUUGUCAAGCGGAAAAAACAAACUUCAGAGAGCUUAAAAUGGGAGAUUCUUUGUUGAAAUAAAAUAUGUAUGUUUAUGUUGUAAUAAGCUUGUUUACAAAAAUAGUCGCAGGAAUAGUCAAUUUGUACCGGAAAACGACGUUAAUAAGCGCAUUAAUUUAAACAUUAGGUGCAUUAGGUGCAAUGCAGAAUGCAAUACAACGCAUAAUUUGGUAAUUAAGCAAUUGCAGUAGAACGAACAGUGGUCUGAUCAAACUUUCUUUCAUUAUAUACGUUUUCUAUUUUGGGCGACAUUACAGGUUUAAUAUUUUCUUGAUGUACAGUACAAAUGUAUUACAAACUACUAAUAUAUAUGUUUAAUUGAUACAAUGCUAAAUAUAUGGCAUUCUUAAGGUUUACACUAUCAAAGUUUCUGUGAUCACAGUAGGAAUUUUGCAUGGGUAAAUUCUAAGUUUUGAAAGAAUUGUGAGAAAUCUAUAAACUUUGACAGUGUGAACCAACAUUUAGGACUGUAGUCACUGUACAUUUGUCCAGAGAUGGAUCCAGCAUGAUCUGUCAGUGUGUACUCUCCUCUGCUGAUACAGUAGUGUAUCCAAGCUAACACCUUGACAAUUUUACACAAUUUUAUUGACUAAUAGGAAAGUUUGUGACCAAUAUAUGGUCAAUAGAUAGCUUUUUCGGCAAGGAUAGCUCAGUCAGUAGGGCAAUUCCCUUACGAAAAAAGUCUAUAGGUGGCCUAUAGGAAAUGUUCCAAUUCCCUAUAGAAGCCUUUAGGCAUCUAUAGAGCUCUAUAGGAUUAUAGGCAUCCCUAUAGGUCACCUAUAGAAAAUGUUCCAAUUGCCUAUAAAAACCUAUAGGUUUCCUAUAGGAACCUAUAGGUUGGCCUAUAGGCCAGGCCUAUAGACUUUUUUUGUAAGGGAAAGUUUGAUUCCUUGGCACACCAUCUCAGUGUAUGUGUAAUAUGGUGCUCUGUAAAACUGGACUGUGGUAAAAUGGCAGAUGUGGGAUGGACUCAAAAGGAUGGGGAUAGACUCCCCAAGGCUGAUACUAACAACUUUGACCUACUUAUCUAAAGUAACCAAAGGUGCAUUUCCCGGGAAUGCUCACUUCUUCCAAAGGAAAGUUCACAUUCAUUCUGGAAAGGUUGGCAUCAGCAAGUUGCAUACUGAAAUGAUUUAUGGCAUUUAUGACUUACAUCUUACGAUGGUUCAGGGGAGCAAUCCCCUCUCAGAAAUUUGUCAUGCAAAACAAAAACUGUGAAUAAUUUGUAGUCCCAAGGGUAUUCUCAACACAACAUUAAACUAAGCAUUAUCACAUCUUUCAAGCAACAUGAAAGCUUAUUGCAAACCAAGAGGUGUUUCUUAAAGUCAAAAUUACAGCAAACAUUACAUCGCUUUAGUCAAACUUAGCAGUUUGUGAUGUUAUUUGAAAAAUCUUCAAACUUUUAUUACUGAGUAAUAAAAUUGCUUAGCGCUCAUUCUUGAGCUGAAAUUCAGAUUGAGUCGUUGAGCCAGCCGCGUCGUGGAUCUUAAGCCCGUUCUCCACUAGGCAAAUUUUUUCACGGCGAAAGACAAAUCUUGGCAUUGUGAUUGGUCAGCAAAAAAAUUCACUGCGAAAAAGUUGGAUCAGUUCCUACUUUUUUACUGUUCGUGUGAACAAAUUCGCCUAGUGGAGAACGGGCUUUAAGCUCUCUAUUUUAUUCUGUCUAAUGCCAGAUGAUUUUACUUGUCAAGAAGAGAGCAUUGCCACUCAGUGGGUUAAUGGUUUAUGUGUUUAUCUUUGUGUAGAGUUGAAACAUGUAUUGUACGUUCUUUAAGAAGAAAAAGAUAUCAAG